AUUUAUAUCUGUAAAAAUGAUUUAUUUGAAACAAUUUGCCAUUUACGUAGAGCCAUGUCAGGGAAGACAAUAAAAUCAAGCAAAGACGGUUGUUGUCUACAAGGCGAUUGCAACAUUUACAUGAUGGACAAUUGCAUCAUUUCAAUUUCAAUUUCUUGAUUGAUAUUAAAAACAAGCUGACAAAAACCGAACACCAGUUCUUCAAAUAUUUGGAUAAUAAGAUCUAUAUAUGAUAUAUGGAGAAUGGCUCUACCUAAUAUGAAAGGAAUAUAUAAUGUAUCUGAUGGAUUUGUGAAUCUACGAAUCAAAGAGGACGUCCUUAAAAGGAUAUUAAAUCAACAUAGCCCAGAUAUUACAACAACUACAACAACAACAACAACAACAGCAACAAUACAGCCAACAAUUACAACAUCAAAUGAAACCACCACUGAACAUCUACAUGGUCUGAGUAGUGACACUCAAGCACUUUUAUACAUUAUUAUCGUGCUCCUAUUCUACGCCUUCAGUAUGAUAAUCCUUUUGGUUAAGUACGUACGGCGUGAACACCAAGAGGCGAUACUGAAUUACUAUUACUAUGAAUUUGUGCAAAGAAAACAUUUUCACACUGCAAGGUACCAUAAUAAGACAACUGUUAUGUCACUUAUGAAGCAGACGCUACCAUUGUGGAGUUUAAUGAAUAAAUAUGACAUACCCCCAACGCCUAUUGCCAAUCCGGGGACAAACAAUGAUGAAGAGGGGGAUGGUGUAACGGCAGGAACAAGUGCAUCAACCGAAGAGACACAUGGUUUUAAAGUGACUACAGUAUAGUAAAACUCAAUGCUCAAGUAUAAUUAUUUCGUGGUUCGUAAUAUCAGAAACUUUCAAAACAAACCGAUGUGUAUCAAAGCUUAUUUAUUUUGCUUUUCAAGAUUUAAGAGAUGAGAGGUUGCCACAAUGGCAGAAUCUGCUAUUAACAAAUAACAUUACGAAUUAGAUGAUACAAAAAUAAGUUCUAAUACACCAACAGCUGGUAAGACUUCAAUAAAGAUUGAUGACAUUGCACAUUGGUCAUAAAACAUUUGAAUGAGAGGAGAAUAAAAACUGCGAUUCAUUGUGACACAACUGG